AUGGCUACCGAGGAGCUGAUCAGAGCAGUCAGGAGAAUAGGGAGCAAAGUCUUGAAGAACCAGAUAGGGCUCUGGCUCGGAUUUGAAAAGGGGGAAGUUUACAAGGAGUUCGGUUCCCGGGACCCAGAUAAAGUAUCUGGAUCUCAGCCUGAAUUAUCGUUGAUCCUUCGCGGCGCUGGGCCGAGACAGCCCAUACUUGGAAGCCUAUUGCCAACGCUUGGGGAGGAGGGGCCAUCUAUACACGUAAAAAUGAUUGAGAGCAAACUCCUUUACAGGGCUCCCAUAUGGGCGGAAGACCUAAUGGCAUUUUGGCGUAGCUUCUUGCUGAUCGCCAUUAGGAUACUGUACCGAGAAGAUACUGUAUCGUCAAUGGGGCUGCGGCGAGAAUUUUUGCAGAGUUCCCUCUGUUUGAGCUCCAAGCUCUUAGGAGUAGAGACAUGUACAACGGCACUAGGAGUCGGGAUGGGAACGGGGACACUGCGGAGACAUCCGCUUUAG